CAGGCGCCGCGCAGUGCGGCCUGGGAGAGUCGGAAGCGCGGCGAGGCCGGGCGAGGCGGCAGCGGCGGGCCCAUGCAGGACGCGGAAAACGUGGCGGCGCCCGAGGCGGCCGAGCAGCGGGCAGAGCCCGGGCAGCAGCAGCCGGCCGCCGAGCCACCGCCACCGGGAGAGGAGUCGUCGCGGCCCGCGGGGCCCGGCGCGCAGGAGGCAGCAGGCGGCGAGGACGCGGAGACCGGGCCGCAGCCCGCAGUGCCGGCUGAGCCCGCGGCCGACGGGGAGGAGAGGGAGGCUUCGGCUCCAGGCUCGUCCCCGCCGCUUCCUGAGGAGCCCCUUGCGCCGGCCCCGGUCUCGGGCGAGGCCCCAGUGGAGCAGGCCGGGAACGCGUCGGCCGAGGCCCGGUCCGAGGGGGCGGGCGGGGAGGACGGCGGCGCGGACGAGCCUUCCUUCAGCGACCCCGAGGACUUCGUGGACGAUGUGAGCGAGGAAGAACUGCUGGGGGACAUUCUCAAGGACCGGCCUCAGGAGGCGGAUGGGAUUGACUCGGUGAUCGUGGUUGACAAUGUUCCUCAGGUGGGGCCCGACCGGCUGGAGAAGCUCAAAAACGUCAUCCAUAAAAUCUUUUCCAAGUUUGGGAAAAUCACAAACGAUUUUUAUCCAGAGGAGGAUGGAAAGACAAAAGGGUACACGUUCCUGGAAUACGCCUCCCCUGCCCAUGCCUUGGACGCCGUGAAAAAUGCAGACGGCUACAAGCUGGACAAGCAGCACACAUUCAGGGUCAAUCUCUUCACUGACUUUGACAAGUAUAUGACGAUCAGCGACGAAUGGGAUAUUCCAGAAAAACAGCCCUUCAAAGACUUGGGAAACUUGCGUUACUGGCUCGAGGAGGCAGAGUGCAGAGACCAGUACAGUGUCAUCUUUGAGAGUGGGGACCGUACUUCUAUCUUCUGGAACGACGUGAAGGACCCUGUCUCCAUAGAGGAGAGAGCGAGAUGGACAGAGACCUACGUGCGCUGGUCCCCCAAGGGCACCUACCUGGCCACGUUCCACCAGCGAGGCAUAGCUCUCUGGGGGGGAGAGAAGUUCAAACAGAUCCAGAGAUUCAGCCACCAGGGGGUUCAGCUCAUUGACUUCUCGCCUUGUGAGAGGUACCUGGUGACUUUCAGCCCCCUGAUGGACACUCAGGACGAUCCUCAAGCCAUCAUCAUCUGGGACAUCCUGACCGGGCAGAAGAAGAGGGGCUUCCACUGUGAAAGCUCGGCCCAUUGGCCCAUUUUUAAGUGGAGCCACGAUGGUAAAUUCUUUGCCAGAAUGACACUCGACACGCUUAGCAUCUAUGAAACUCCCUCUAUGGGUCUUUUGGACAAGAAGAGUUUGAAGAUCUCUGGUAUAAAAGACUUCUCUUGGUCUCCCGGUGGGAACAUCAUAGCUUUUUGGGUGCCUGAAGACAAAGACAUCCCGGCCAGGGUGACCUUGAUGCAGCUUCCUACCAGACAGGAGAUCAGGGUCAGGAAUCUCUUCAAUGUGGUGGAUUGCAAGCUACAUUGGCAAAAAAACGGAGAUUACUUGUGCGUUAAAGUGGACAGGACCCCGAAAGGUACCCAGGGCGUUGUCACGAAUUUUGAAAUUUUCCGAAUGAGGGAAAAACAGGUGCCUGUCGACGUGGUGGAAAUGAAAGAAACCAUCAUAGCUUUUGCCUGGGAACCCAACGGGAGCAAGUUCGCAGUGCUGCACGGGGAGGCUCCUCGGAUAUCCGUUUCCUUCUACCACGUGAAGAACAAUGGGAAGAUUGAACUUAUCAAAAUGUUUGAUAAGCAGCAGGCAAAUACCAUCUUCUGGAGCCCCCAGGGACAGUUUGUCGUGUUGGCUGGCCUAAGGAGUAUGAACGGCGCCUUGGCCUUCGUCGACACUUCGGAUUGUACGGUCAUGAACAUCGCGGAGCACUACAUGGCGUCCGAUGUGGAGUGGGACCCUACCGGGCGCUACGUGGUCACCUCUGUGUCCUGGUGGAGCCAUAAGGUGGACAACGCUUACUGGCUGUGGACUUUCCAAGGACGUCUUCUGCAGAAGAACAACAAGGACCGUUUCUGCCAGCUGCUGUGGAGACCUCGGCCCCCCACGCUCCUGAGCCAGGACCAGAUCAAGCAAAUUAAAAAGGAUCUGAAGAAAUACUCCAAGAUCUUUGAACAGAAGGAUCGUCUGAGCCAAUCCAAAGCCUCAAAGGAACUAGUGGAGAGAAGACGCACCAUGAUGGAAGAUUUCCGAAAAUACCGGAAAAUGGCCCAGGAGCUCUACAUGGAGCAGAAAAAUGAACGUUUGGAGUUGCGAGGAGGCGUGGACACGGACGAGCUGGACAGCAACGUGGAAGACUGGGAGGAGGAGACCAUCGAGUUCUUCGUCACCGAGGAGAUCAUCCCCCUGGGCAAUCCGGAGUGACCUGAGCAGCGUGCGUCCCCGGGGCUCGUGCUGGAAUGAGGUCGUCCUUCUGCAGAAAGUGCGCACGAUGCCUGCGUUUUACCUGUGCUUUGUCUCGCUCCACACUGUGCGCCCGGAUUCUCCCAUGCCCACACGUCGCUGUGCCUUCAGUCCCCGGUCCCCACCAUGGGGGAGGUUUCAAGGCACCCCUUUCCUUUUCUCUCGUUUGGGGUUUUUAAAGUCAUGCCACCAGUGUUUGUUACUCAGACUCGUGCGCGGCAGGGGCGCGCCCAGCCGUCCCCCUCCGAGAACUCGUCCUGUCCCGUGGUGGGGGGCCAGCGUGGCUGUGUCGUGGAAACAGGGGAGCCGCGCCAUUCAGGUUGUGCUAGGUUCUCAACAGGCUGAGCGUGGAAAUAAAAACAAACCUGUAUGAAAAAGCUGUCUUUCUCCUCUCUUUAACGUAGACACCGGCCUCGAACUUGGUUCCUGUGCCCCCUCCCCCUGUGGUGGUGGCCCUCCCACCUCCCGAUUUGGUUGUGUUUUCUCAGCUGAGCUCUGCAAACUAAAGCAUCGGUCUGAUCGGUGCAGAAAAACCGUUCUUGCAGCAUUUUUUUUGUUUUCCACACUUGUCUGACCUGGUGAGAAAGACUUUUCUAGACUUCCUUGGAGUCCUACAAGUUAAGUUGUUCGUGAGAGUUGUCACUUUAGCCGCCGUCACGUGGUCGUCUUUGACUAUUUAACUUGAUUUCUCUCCUGAGAAGGGAGUGAGCAAAUCCACGUAAUUUCAGCCCCUGUUGAUUUGCAACGUCCACUACCCAUUGGUGCCUUGUCAGACUCCACCGCGCCUCCUCUUUGUGUCUCUGGGAGCCGAGAGCCUGGGUCAAAACGCACAGAACGGGCUCGCUGCGCUUUCACGGCCGUGGUGCCCAUGAACUUGACACAUUGGGAUUGGAGGAGAAGCUGUCGUCCGUGGGGCAGAAGCAGCUCGGGGGCUGGGGCCGCCUGCCGCCAACCCCACGCCCCCGACUGCGAGGCGGCACUGGGCGCUCUCCCCAGUCCCCGGUCAUGUCCGUCCACACACGGUGUCCAGUGCUUCUUACUGGCUCUCACACCCUUUAAGCCUCAGCGUGCAGAGACCUGGCUUUUUAAUUUGAUGACGGUAAGAAGGAAAAGGCUCAUGUUUUGAUCAUGUUCACAGAUUUUUAACAGCUUUCAAAAAAUUUACUUUCGACUGUUUCCGACUCGGUAGUUGUAAUUGUUUUAUGUGAUUUGUUAAUAAAAGAAUUUCUGAAACA